AAUUCUCUUGUCAAAUGCUGCGACGUCCGUUUCCUUUGCCGUAAAGCGACGGAGAGAAGCUGCUUGUGAAGAGAUACAAUAAUAAUAAUAAUCGUAAUAAUAAUAAUAAUAAUUGUUGGUGCAGCUGAGACAGACUCAUAAAAACACCCGAAACAUAGUUGAAACUGCGGGGGGAGUCCGCCGUCUGCAGCUUAAGUUAUAUACUUGCAUAUCAAUUCCCGGGUGUGGUGGGGUUUGCUUUUGUGUUUUUCUCCUGAUAUUUGUAUAUGAAACCUUAGCCCCCUUACUGCUUUCACUAAAGAUAAAGCCAGUCAUUGCAAUGGCCUCCGGUAGCAACAUGGACAGAGAAAUGAUUCUGGCUGAUUUUCAGGCUUGUACUGGAAUAGACAACAUAGCGGAAGCCAUCACUUUGCUGGAACAGAAUAACUGGGAUUUAGUGGCAGCCAUUAAUGGAGUGAUCCCACAGGAGAACGGCAUCUUACAGAGUGAUUUUGCCAGAGAGACGGCUCAAAGUCCGGCAUACGAUCCGGGUAGCCAGCCUUCCGUCGCCACUGCCGCCCCCUCCUCCUCCUCACCACCACCCUCCUCCGCCUCAGCCUCAGCCUUCUGUCCCGUGGUGCCGGUGCGUGGGGCCGUCGUGGAGAGGCAGCCACGCAUGCUCAACUUCUGCGUGGAGUACCGCAGCACAAAUGUGGAUGUGGUUCUGGAGGAGUCCAGCUCAGUGGGUGAAAUUAAACAGAUCCUGGAAACUGAACUCCAUGUCCCUGUGUCAAGAAUGCAGCUGAAGGGCUGGAAGACGGGAGACGUCACCGACAGCACUGUUUUGAGGAGUCUACACUUGCCCAAGAAUAACAGCCUCUAUGUAUUAACACCAGACAUAGCGCCAACAGCCACGACAAGUCAAUCCGGCGCCCUGCAGGAAUCAUUAAAUCAAAACUUCCUGCUCGUCAUUAGCCAUCACGAAGCCCAGCGGGACUACAGCCUCAACUUCCCAGGAAGUAAAACCAUUCAGGAGGUAAAAAGAAACAUAUACGAUCUCACGAACAUCCCUGUCCGACAUCAGCAAUGGGAAGGCUGGCCUGCCACUGCCAGAGACGACUCGAUGACGCUAGCUGUGGCUGGGAUAAGCUUCCCCUGUCAUCGUCUCACCGUCUGCCGGAGAACGUCCCCUGCCCAUACCCAAGAGCAGACUGAGGAGUGUACGGAUGUCCACAUGGUGAGCGACAGUGAAGGGGAUGACUUUGAGGAUGCCUCCGAGUUUGGGGUAGACGAAGGAGAGAUAUUUGGAAUGGGGACCUCAGCCUCCCGGAAGUCUCCAAUGAUGCCAGAAAACGCUGAGAAUGAGGGAGAUGCCUUACUGCACUUUACUGCCGAAUUCUCAUCAAGAUAUGGAGAGUGCCACCCUGUGUUCUUCAUCGGCUCGCUCGAGGCAGCGUUUCAGGAGACCUUCUAUGGGAAAGCCCGGGAUAGAAAGCCCCUCGCCAUCUACCUUCACCACGAUGACAGCGUCCUCACCAACGUCUUCUGCUCCCAGAUGCUGUGUGCCGAAUCCAUCGUCUCCUACCUCAGCCAGAACUUCAUCACCUGGGCGUGGGACAUGACGAAGGAAGCCAACAGAGCCAGGUUACUCACGACGUGCACGAGGCACUUUGGCAGCGUGGUGGCACAGACCAUCCGAACUUACAAAACCGAUCAGUUCCCCCUCUUACUCAUCAUCAUGGGAAAAAGGUCGUCGAACGAAGUCUUAAACGUGAUUCAGGGGAACACGACGGUGGACGAGCUGAUGAUGAGGCUCAUGGCAGCCAUGGAGAUCUUCACUGCUCAGCAGCAAGAGGACAUUAGAGAUGAGGACGAACGAGAAGCACGAGAGCUGGUGAAGAGGGAACAGGAUGAAGCCUAUCGUGUGUCUUUGGAGGCAGACAGAGCCAAGAGGGAAGCCCAGGAGAGGGAGAUGGCAGAGCAGGUUCGUCUGGAACAGAUCCGGAAAGAGCAGGAGGACGAGCGAGAGGCUAUCCGUCUGUCCCUGGAGCAGGCCCUGCCCCCAGAGCCGGAGGAGGAGGGCAGUGAGCCAAUCAGCAAGCUGCGAAUCCGCACGCCGAGCGGGGAGUUCCUGGAGCGGCGCUUCCUGGGCAGCUGCAAGCUGCAGGUCCUCUUCGACUUCGUGGCGUCCAAAGGGUUCCCCUGGGAAGAGUUCAAACUGCUCACUACGUUCCCUCGCAGAAACGUGACCCAGUUGGACCCCACAUGGAGUUUAGUGGAGGCAAAACUUUUUCCUCAAGAAACUCUCUUCCUGGAAGCGAAAGAGUAGGUAGAAGAAAAGAGCCACAGAGAAGAUCAGCGGCGUCCUUCUCACUGCGAAGAGCCAGUGAGCCAGCCAGCCAGCCAGCCGUUCACACCCUCCAUCACGACACACACACUCUCACUCUCUCUCUCUCUCUCUCUGUCCACAUGCUUGGUCUCGAGAUACGAACGGCAUAUCUUACGCAAAGACUCCUCCCAGUAGUGUUUUGUGUGUAAAGAAAAAAAAAGAAUAAAGAAUAGUGAAAAAGAAGAAAA